AUGAGACGGAAAGUUUGCGCAUUCGUGAGGCGAUGUCAGGAUUGCCACAGACUCAAGCCGUUUCCUUAUUCCAACGUGGGCCUCCAUAGUAGAGAAGUGGUAACAUGCCCUCUGGAGCGUGUAUUUAUUGAUUUCGUGGUGCCUACUGUUAGGAGUCGAGAAGGAAAUAUUGCCGUGCUGGUGGUGUUUGAUGAUUUCUCGAAGUUUGUUUGCAUUUACCCUGUUAGGAGAAUUUCGUCAGAGGUCGUGAAGAACUGCCUAGUGGAGAAGUUAUUUCCAUCAUUUGGAGUGCCACAGUCAAUUGUAUCGGACAAUGCUGCUGUAUUUAAAUCGAGUAGAUUCUAUAACUUGUGUUUUUCCUGGGGAAUUCGACAUAUUACCACCUCUCGCUAUUAUCCCCAGGCGUCGCAAGUUGAACGUUUCAACCGCAACUUGAAGGUGGCCCUGGUUAUCUGUCAUAACUUUCAACACACUCAUUGGGACGAACAACUUUCGUCGCUAGCUCUAGCCUUUAACUCAGCAUGGCACGAGUCGACUGCAGGGACUCCAGUCUCUCUGUUUCUGGGUCGGGAAUUGAACCAUCCCCUGGGGCCUAAACGGAAAUUGUUCCAACUUGAGCUAGACAAGGAUGCUAAGAAUAUGGGGGAAUUCUGGGAGACGACCUUGGGAAAUCUGAGGAAGGCCCGCGCCAAGGUUGCUGGUAGAAAUGAUGCAGGGAGAAGGCGAGCAGAGUUUCGUGUGGGCGAGUUGGUCCUAGUAAGAGUGCACCCGUUGAGCUCAAAGUCCCGGCAGCGUUACGCCAAGUUACACUAUAAGUGA